UGCUAUAUCCUGCCUGGCAGCAAGGAGUUCUGAGUUUUCUGCAUUCCUGCUCUGGCUGUUGAAGAGAUUUCCACCUUCUAUCUCGACAGGCUCAAGAAAAGAAGACACUUCAAACUUUCCAGAUCUCUUCCUCUUGCUAGAAACAACAUGGCACAGGUAGAGAUGGCUGCUGUCCCUCCAGAACACAGUUUCAUCAACUUUCUGAAAAUGAAAUUUACUGAUGGUAUGCUCUACUUCAUCGCUGAAAAUGAUGCAGACCUGGAAUCAGAUUAUUUUGGCCAACUUGAACAACCUAAAUAUUCAAUCAUACGAAAUCUGGAUAACCAAGUUCUCCUCAUUUCCCCGGGAAUUAAGCCUGUAUUUCAGGAUAUGCCCGACUCUGACUGUAAAGAUAAUGCAUCCCAGACCAUAUUACUAAUACAAAUGUAUAAAGAUAGUGAAGCUAGAGGUUUUGCUGUGACCAUCUCUGCAAAAUAUAACAAAGUUUACACUCUCUCCUGUGAGAACAAAACUAUUACCUUUAAGGAAAUGGAACCUCCUAUUAACAUCUAUGAUACGAAGAGUGAUAUCAUAUUCUUUCAGAAAAGUGUUCCAGGGCAUGAUGAUAAGAUGCAAUUUGAGUCUUCAUUGUAUAAAGGAUACUUUCUAGCUUGUAAACAAGAGGGUAAACUUUUCAAGCCUAUUUUGAAAAGAAUUGAUGACUCUGAGGAUAAUUCUGUAAUGUUCACUGUGCAAAAUGAAACUAGAUACUAAAAUUA